AUGGAUCCCUGCGAUUUCUCCAGAGGGAAGCCUCAGGCAGCAGUGGCAUCUCUGAGCAAAAACAGUUCUAAGAACACCCCGAAGGACCCUGCUUUGGUGGUCCCUAACACGGGGGGCUACGUGGAGGAGAGAAGAUGUACAGAACAUGCAGAACUGCUGGACUGCUACUGUCAAGAUGACCUGGCAUGCGUUUGUGUGAUGUGCUCCACUGUUGGUUCCCACAAGGGCCACAGCAUUGUCACCUUGAAGGAGGAAAACGACAAGCAGCGGGCAAUUCUCUCACAGUCUAUGAAAUCAAUACAAGAAAACAAAAACACCAUGACUAAGGCCCUCCUGCAUCUUCAGAAGAGUGAAGAUCAGAUAAAGAAUAAUAAGAAAACUUUGACUCUUCAGCUGUCAAAGCUCUUCCAAGAGAUCAAGUCCCGGGUGGAUCAAAAAGAGAAGCAGAUCCUCGGUGACAUUCAGUCCAAUGAGAAAAAGCAGCUAGCUGAUGUUUUUGCACUGAAAAAGGAAGUGGAAGGGAAGAGAGAUGCAGCUGUCCGCAGCCUUCAGGAGCUACAGACGCUAAGCAAACAAAUCGACAUUUCCCUCUUCCUCAAGGUAAAAUCAUUAACCAAACACGAUGGUGCAGAAAGGACUACUGCUGUGGCCACCACCAGCAACAAACCUCUGCCACCCUAUCAACAGCCCACACAGACAGCCUGCCGAUACAGGCAGCCUCCGAAAUAA